AUGUCGCCACCACUUUCGACGCAGGCAUUGGUCGUGCGACCAGAACAACAGUCGUUGAGUCUGGAAGAGGUCGUUAUCGUGGAUCUUAAGCCUGACGAAAUCCUGGUGGAGAUUGUUACAUCCGGUAUCUGUCAAACCGACCUACUCGCGAUGGAUGGGAUUCUGCCAAUGCCCAGUCCAGGCGUUUUAGGGCAUGAAGGCACCGGAAGAAUCAGCAAAGUCGGCGAGGGAGUCCACCAUCUCAGUCCGGGCGAUCAGGUCAUGCUCUCAUACAGCUCCUGUGGCUCGUGUGACCACUGCCGAUCCCAGCACACUUCCUACUGCGAGGGUCUGCAGGCUCGGAACUCCUCCGGGGCCCGUCCCGACGGUUCGUCUGCCUUGAUAAGCACAUCCGGUGACAGGCGGUUUGGCCACUGGUUCGGGCAGUCAUUCUUCAGCAAGUAUGCGGUCGUCAACGCCUCGUGUGCGGUUCGCCUGGCGCCUGAGAUCGACCUCGCGACGCUGCCCAGGCGCGCCCCGGUGCUUGGCGGCCAUGAUCGCCGACAGGCCGACGGCGCCGACCCCGAAGACAGCAAGGCUUGUGCCGGGCUGCACAUCGAGCGUGUUGAACACGGCUCCCGCGCCGGUCACGAGGCAACUUGCGGGGCAUGCAUAAACUUCUGUUGGAGUGCGGCAACUAUCUGGAGAAUUUACGAUAUUUCUAAAGUAUUUGAAAGUUGCUGGAAUCCACUAUCCGCACCGACAGGCCGGGGGCAGAAGCGCCGGCUGUCCGGUUCCGCUGCGGGCGCAACAGUGGUCGGCUAA